GAGAGAGAGCAGUAUCUGUUACCAGGAAAACUCCUAACGUUGUAUCACUGGGAAACCUGCGAGCAGAUGUGGUGGUGGAGUGAUGCAGAGACUGGACACAGAGGCAAAUUACCAGACACUGGACUGAACAGUACACAUAGUAGAGGCUUGCUGGUGCUGAAGAGAUGGCCGGAUUGAGAAACCGCUCUACAUGGGAACCGUUGCUGCUCAAGGCCUCCUCCAUCAAGUCCUGCGCCAACGGCUGUUCCAUGGGCAUCACUGCACACCUUACAUAUGCCAAUGCUGAUGUAGAGUCUGUAGAAGGUGUGUUUGUGUACCCUCUUGGGGAAAAGGAGGUUGUGGUGGGCUUUGAAGCUGUGAUUGCGGGCCGGUUGGUGGGGGUCCAGAUCCAGAACCGAGGGAAGCUGAAGGACUGCUGUUUGGAUUGCUGCCCGGCGUCUGGUCUUGAUGGACACUGCGGGAAUGGCCGGGAGUGGGGCUGCUGUGGGAGCUCCAGCCUAGACAUGCAGUGCACCAAUGGACAUCUCCUCCUGGAUGAAGACCUUGAAAGAACCACCUUCAUCGUGGGCACAGGGGUCAUCGGCCCCAUGGAUAUAGUGUCUAUCAUCAUAAGUACCACACUAGAACUCCCCACGUUAGAAAAUGGAGCAAUCCGCAUUGUCUACCCCACACUGCUCACCCCGAUCGUCACAGGCCAGAUGACUCCAAGCAAGAGUGAAAAUGGAGGGAAAUCUGACGAAACAGGAGCAACCAGCUGUUUUGGUGCCACCUCAGGAAAACAAGACCGGGUUUUAGACUCCGAGCAGCAAUGUUCUCACACCAUCUUCACCAGUCCAACUGCCAACCUGGCACCUUAUGAACUCAACUUCCAGCUGCUGGUCAGAGGAGCCUGUCUGCUGGCUGGACUGGAGAGUCCCACUCACGCUCUGAGGGCAGAUGCAGAUCCUAGUGCCCAAAGUGCCUCCGCCACCUACAUCACCUUGGCACAGGAGCAUCCAUACAACAGACACAUAGAGAUCAUUUUGCACCUCAGUGAACCGCACAGCCCACUAGUCAUCUUAGAGAGAGGCAGGCUCUCUUUCAACCAGUACGAACAGCAGAUCAGCUCCCGUCGUGAUUUCAUUCGCUGCACCCGUAAAGAUUCAGAUCCUGAGAGGAAGUUGGAGUUUGUGAGGAAGCGUCAUCAUAAGGACAUUCUGAGUAGCCCCGUUCUGAUGCUCAAUUUCUGUCCUGACUUGCUGUCUGAUCCCCUGGAGCUGCAUAAAGCCACCAGAGAGCUGUUGUUUCUUGUUGAUCGCAGUGGCAGCAUGAGUGGCACCAACAUCCAGCGUGUAAAGGAAGCAAUGGUGGUGGCCCUGAAGAGUCUACCUUCUGGCACCAUGUUCAACAUUGUGGGCUUUGGUACCACCAUCAAGCCCCUGUUCACUGCCAGCAAGCUCAGCACUGAUAUUACCCUGAUGCAGGCCUGUGAGUACAUCCAGAGGAUGAGAGCUGACAUGCGAGGCACCAACCUUCUGGGGGCGCUGUCCUGGCUCUACCACCAGCCCAUGCAGCGCUCAUAUCCUCGUCAGGUCUUUAUAAUCACGGAUGGAUCCAUCAGCAAUGUGGCCAAAGUGCUGGAGCUUGUGCGCAGGAACACAUGUGCUGGCAGAUGCUUUGGCCUGGGCCUUGGUCCUCGAGCCUGCAGGAGACUCCUGCAGGGCGUUGCCAAACUGACAGGAGGGACUACUGAGUUCUUGGAUGAUGAGGAGAGACUCCAGCCCAAGUUAAUCAAGUCUCUGAAAAAGGCCUUUGAACCUGUGCUGACAGACGUACGGAUUGACUGGUAUCUUCCAGAAAACAUGGAGGCUCUUCUAUCACCCAAUGAAAUCCCUCCGCUCUACCCAGGCAAUCGCCUCAUUGGAUAUUGCACUCUUUAUGACAUGACAAUUUUCAAAGCAAAAAAGACAGAGUCUCAAGGACGGGGCUGUAAUUUACAUCGUGACUCCACUGGUUCAGUUUUUGGCCAAUCAAAUGAUGAGCUUUCACCUCCUCCUGCUUCUGAGCUAAUGCCUGUGGUAACAUGUGCAGAUGGCACUGACUUGGAGGAGGCACUGAGGGAAAUUUCCAGAGAAAUCUCCUCUGAGUUCUCUUGUGCCAGAGACGCAGACCCUGGCACCAGUCCAGGCGCAGAGCUGGACUGGUCCAGUGAUGUGAGGAGGAGGAUCCAGGAGAGCUCUUAUAUUCAGGAGCAGUACGUCCUCACUCGCUGCUCCCUCAGUAGUGAGCGAAGUCUACAAACACAGUCCCACUCACACAUACAUGCCUCAAACUCAGAUUCAGCAGGCGGAGCCUUUCUGCCUGACCCUCACUCCUCUGGUUCAGUGCUGGAUACAGGCUCUUUACCCCAAGGCCUCGAGAAGAUGCCCCCACCGGAACACAGAUCAUCCUUGUCUCGAUGGGCAGACUCAACAUGGCAGCAAAACCUUGCAGCUGAAACCCCUGACAAUGAGACAAAAAAGAACAUUCGUCUGGAUGGAGGCGAGGAGUCUCGUAGGAGACAAAAAGCACUAGUCCGUUCAACCAUGGCAGCACGGAGUUUCUCUUCCCCCCAGGGUGAACUGGAGAUGCAUCGCUUGAGAAGAGCUCUAGAGAGGGUCUCCUUUGACCAAACGUUAGGAGGGAGGCUGGACGAAAGUGAUGGGGAAACGAAGCCCCCAUCAAGAGGGACAAUGUCCCACAGAAGCCUCACUGACUCCAAUGGACUCCUCUUCCCUGCCUCACCUCUGGACUGGGACAGCUUUACAGACCCAGAGUAUCUCUUUACUGCUGCUCCACCAGAAGAUCCUCCACCAGGUCAGUGCCGCUCCCUAAUUCACGGCCUAUUGAACGGCAGGCCAGUUUCCUGGGAGGUCACUGUGGACCUGGGACACCUCUGGACCACUGAGGACCAGGAAAUCAUAGAGGUUGAGGGAAGUGGAGGAGGAGGGGAAGAAGGAAAAGAAGGCAAACCAUGGGAGGAGAUCAUUCACCAACUGACUGCUCGCUCAGUUAUAAGGGACUUUGAGAAAAUGGCAGAGAAGGAGAGUGACAUUGGACAUGGUUCAGCUAAGAGACACCGUAUGAAGGCUAUCCAGACAAGUAAGCACUGCAACAUCAUCUGUAUGUACACGGCCUUCACUACCACUGACCACAACCCUAACAAAGGCGCGGCAGACAGCAUGGACGUCCAAACCAUGGGUGUGCAUUUGGUGAACAGGCAGACUUCUCAAUCAGGGAGUCGCAGGCAGAGAUCCUAUUCUGUAGGUCUGGGCAGACGACGAACCAGCAGAGACAGCGAAGAUGUGGAAGACACUUGGAAUGCUACAGACAGAGAUGACACUCCUGCCUCACCAUGUAGCGUUACAUCCUGGGAGUCUAGUGGAGGGGGCAAUGCCUACUGUGCAACAUCUCCCACAACAACAGGUGCCUCAUGCACUCGUUCACAGCGAUCUAUAGAGAGCAAGUCAAUGGAGAGCUUCUUUGGCACCAGGUUCCCACUGGGCAGACUCAGGUCGUCCGUUUCAUCAGGGAAGCAGGCGCCUCUCAAGUCCCACUGUUUAUCUGCAGAGACUGAGAAACAACCUGAAAAUGAGGCUCCAGACUACCUGCCCCUGGUGCGUCUGCAGCUGGCAUCGGGAGCUUUUCUACUGACAGAGGUCUACUCUGACUGUGUCCAGAUCCCCCUGGACCGCCUUAAAAGAGCGUCACCAUACAGCCUCCACCGUCGCAGUCUUAGCCCAGCUUUCCGCUGCAUAUCUCCCAGUGCUCCAUCUUUGUCUACCUCUGCUAAGCCUCCCUGUGUUCCUGCAAGUCACCAUGUCACUUUUUCUCCUUCUUCCUGCUCCCUUUCCAAACCAACUGCUCCUCCUUUCCACCACACUCCAGAUGACACUCCCCUGAUACUAGAAUCAAGGCUUCGCCGAAGACACCUAUCUGACCGAGACCCCGUUACCUCACCUCCCGACCUCCCCAGCUCUGAGGAGGGGUCCUUGGAGCUGUCUGUUGGCCCCUCUCAGAGCCAGAACCAGGGCCAGGCAGACAGCGGUCGUGGAUCAGAAACCGAUGUAUGUGAAGGCUCUUCGGUAGACCCAGCUGACCUCCAGGGGAGCAGCCAGUUGGCUCAAGAGGAUCUGGAAGGCUCGACCUGGGCCACAGCUGUGGCUCUAGCUUGGCUGGAGCACCGGUGUGCCGGCUACUUCAUGGAGUGGGAACUCGUGGCAGCGAAAGCCGAUUUCUGGCUGCGCUGUCAGGAGCUGCCGGAGGGAGUGGACCUGGCGGGGCUCAAAGGAGCAGCCAGGCAACUGUUCCUGCUGCUGCGCCACUGGGACGAAAACAUCAAGCUGAACAUGCUGUGUUACAACCCCAAUAAUAUGUGAAACAAUCAUCUCAGAGGAAACU